AUGGGAGGCAAAGGCGACAGCGGCAGCAGUGAAGGCGGAGAAGCAGUCACGGGGCACCCGGAGCUGGGAGGAUCGUCCACUGGUUCGGAAUUGCCCGAUGAGCGCGCCGGGCCGGAACUGAAUCGGAGGGAGAUAGUUAAGGCUGUGGAAGUCGUGGAGAAGGAUUCCCUGGCCAUCGCGGAGAGCUUCACCUCUCUUUUCUCCUCGCUGCGAUCAGCGCUCUCUGAGGUUGCCUGGAAAGCGGGAACUGAAAAUGAACUUUUGGAUUACUUUGUGAAGGCUACGAGCAGUUCCAUCGAUCAUAUGCACUGCUUUGGUGAUGCCACUGGCCGCCUUCAAGAGUCCGUUCUGGAUGCAGCUACAAAGGGUAACCGCUACAUUAAUUCAAGUCUCAGGUUAAACGAGGAACUAAAGGGCAUUGAAACAUUGGCUGCUCAAUUGAAAUUUCUGAGAAGAAAUGUGGAUGCUCUGGACUCGGCGGUGAACAAGCUCAUACGGCUUCCAUAAUUGUAAACUGUCUGCUCGCGGGCAGCAACUAGAGAGCAGCUUCAUCUGGGUUUGAAGGAGCCCCGUCCAGUUGUCAAGGUUUCAACGAGGAAAACUUGUAGGUGAUUAAAUUCGUAGAUGGUUGCAGUUAUAUUAUUGAGAAAUAACUGCCACUCUGUCGUUGGAAUUUGUUUUCUGAACCCCUCUUUUGAGCAAUAGAAUAGCAAAUAGCAACUACUAUCUAUGCAACUCCUCUGGAUAUUCAGGAUGCCUUUGUGUAACGGUGUGAUUCUUGUUUAAUAGUUUAGGUCCACUGGUCUUCUAACAUGUUUGAUCCCUAGUUAGCUUGGGUAAGAAGUCCAUCUAGGAACUGCUAACCGGUCCAUCCACGACCAUGUUAGAAGUUCAUUAAACCAGGAGAACUAAGCAGUGAAGUUCAUUUUGUAGUUAACUUUUCAAAUAUACCCUAUAGUAUACAAUCCGGCGGUUGAACUUUGGUAAUAUGAACUACGAAACGAUUGGUUGUGGUCUGUUAUCACUAUUAAAAGCCAGGUUAUCAUUUAUCUGUUGACUUAUCUGAAAGCAAUGUACUUGAUUAUGUAGUUAUGGUAUUUGAUUGUUUGAAUUUUCACAUUACUAGACUGUUUGGGUUAGAUGAACCUAAAUGAAAAAAACAGACUUCCUUGCUUUAGCUUUCACAAGUUCUUACGGUGUCAGGAGAUGCCAACUCUGGAAGGAACUUACUCGGAAGAGAAGAGAUAAGGGUCUAGAAAUAGCAAUAAGACAGCACAUGGCAGAUUGGUCUGGGGCUUGCAUGCCGAUUCAUGACCGGCUGGGUUCAAUCCUGACUCAAAUGAACUGCUUCACCACUCAUCUGAUCUUGCUUAUAUCUAUUAUUAUUACUUCUGAUGUCCUAGAUAAAAAAAACCCCAUGAUGUCUGUCGGUACUAUUACUAUAUGGUCGUGGUCCCUUCCCUAUUGAAUCUGCAUCUACAUUGUACAUCCUUCCCCUUGGCUCAUUGGUGCAGAGAAGGAAGCUGGUCCCGUGAGCAACCAGAGUAUCUCCUACAAUCCUGCAAUUUUACAGCCUCUGAAUUUCCUAUGGCUCGAGUUCUGCAGGCUCUCAUUACAAGGCGUGUCCUUUGGCUUCGACAAAGAACUUGGAAGGUUCGGUACAAAAUGUUGAACUUAUGCAUCUUUAGUUUGUCUCUUCUCUAUCGUUCUUCAUUCAAUAUAUCAUCUCUGCGUGAAGAUAUUGACCUGGGGGAACUUUUUUCCAAACAAGCAGGGAUGGUUUAGUAGUUAGUUAUAUGUGGUGGAAACUAGAUCCACAUUUGGGGAGUUGAUUGAAUGGAGGGGGAAGUGGGUUGUCGUUGUUGUUGUCAUAUGUUGGUUUGUUGAUCCGAACAAGUAGAUUGUGACAGGCUGGUGACUAUCUUGUUUUGAGCAAGUAGAGAAUGAAACAUAGGAAGUUGAUGGUGGAAGAUGAACCAAAGUAGACACAAGUUUUAGAGGGAAAGACAAUCAAUAAACUUUUCGAGUGGUCCAUAAUGUGUGGAAGGGGAGUGUGGGGUUUUUUUUUCUUCUUCUUGUUUGUAUGAGUUUAAUAGCUUCUGUCUGCUGUCUCUAACUCUCUCUACCACAAGUCUUUCUGUUCAUGUUUGCUGUUGGCAUUAUUCAUCUCUUUUCUCAAAUGGUCAGCAGCAGCAAGAAUUACAAGUUCCAGAAUUUA